AUGUCAGCACCAAAACCUUGGGAAAGAACUCAAACUUCGCUAAAUUCAGCCACAAAUUCAAGUGAUAUUAUUGCAAGAUCUGGAGAACAAAUCAAGGCUAAUCCUGAUGCAUUGACUCAAAAUGCUUUGAGUAAAGGAGACACUAGUACUGUUCAUAAGUCACCUACUACUAAUAAUCCUACUACUGCUACAACAUCUGGAACAACAGGAAGCUCAACAGCGAACAAUACGACUACAAAUAAUACUUCUACCACUGGGUACAACAGGUAUGGCAACAGCAUGUACGGAGGCGGGGGAAUGUACGGAGGCGGUGGAAUGUAUGGCGGAGGCAUGUAUGGUGGAGGCAUGUACGGCGGAGGCAUGUACGGCGGUGGCAUGUAUGGCCAACAAGGAGGUUUUCUCAACUCAAUGAACCAAUACGUAUUCUCAUUCUGCCAAGCAGCGCAAAUGAUUGAAUAUAAUUCCAACGGAAUCGCAGGUCUUGCAAUAAUGAUUCAAAAGUUCUUCAAAUGGCUCAUAGAUGAAGGAAAAGACCUUAUAGUUUACCUUGGGAUGCUUGUUAUCACGCAAGUGAAAUCAGUCAGAGAAUGGGUGACCAAAAUGAUCCAUCAUUACUUAUUUAGCACAAGUUUAAUAGAAGAGAAAGCUCAAGAUGAAAACAAGAGAGUAAAAUACGUACAGAUCAUCCUUAAGGUACUCCAGACCAUUCUCGGGUUGAUCUUGCUUAGAUAUUUUUACGGUAGACUCAAAAAGCUGGUUCUCUCGUAAUGAUGUCAUUUCUAUUUAUCUGUAAGAAUUCUCAACC